UCAAAAGAGAAUCAAGUGACAAAAUAAAUGAGUUGUGCAGAAGAAGAAAAUGCAUGUGUGGAAGUCAUUUCCUGUGAUUUUAAUGCAGUCUGGACUCAUAUCUUUAACCUCUACAGGCCAUCCCGGGUGUGCCCAAGAUCAAGGAUGGUUACAAUCCUGCUACAUGGAUGCUUGAGGUCACUGCUCCCGCAGUUGAGACUCAACUUGAUGUUGACUUUGCAGACAUUUACCAAAACUCCUCGCUUUACCAGAGGAACCAAGAGCUUAUCAAAGAGCUUAGUACACCGGCUCCCGGGUCCAAAGAUCUCUACUUCCCAACCAAAUACUCUCAACCUUUCCCGGUUCAGUGCAAAGCUUGUUUCUGGAAAAUGCAUUGGUCUUAUUGGAGAAAUCCUCAGUACAAUGCCAUCCGAUUCUUUACUACCAUUGUCAUCGGUGUCUUAUUGGGUCUUAUCUUCUGGCAAAAGGCACAGCAGACAGCACAACAGCAAGAUCUGAUGAACCUUUUAGGAGCUAUGUAUGCUGUUGUGCUUUUCCUUGGAACCACGAAUGCUUCUGUGGUCCGAUUUGUUGUCGCCAUUGAAAGAACAGUUUUCUACCGUGAAAGAGCUGCCGGAAUGUAUUCUGAACUGCCUUAUGCAUUUGCUCAGGUGGCUAUAGAGACAGUCUAUGUUGCAAUCCAAACAUUUAUAUAUACACUUCUUCUCUUCUCCAUGAUUGGAUUCAAGUGGAAAGUCGAAACAUUCAUUUGGUUCUGCUACUGUAUCCUAAUGUGCUUCAUCUACUUCACGAUGUACGAUAUGAUGGUGGUUGCACUGACUCCGGGCCCCCAGAUUGCUGUCAUUGUCAUGUCCUUCUUCCUCGGUUUCUGGAACUUGUUUUCCGGCUUCCUCAUUCCAAGACCGCAAAUACCAAUCUGGUGGAGGUGGUACUACUGGGCUUCCCCUAUGGCCUGGACACUUUAUGGCCUUGUGACAUCCCAAGUGGGUGACAAGAAUGCUAACCUUAUCCUCCCUGGAUAUGGCACCAUGCCAUUGAAGAAGUUCCUGAAAGAUGACUUUGGUUUUGAGUAUGACUUCCAUCUGGCCGUCACCGCCGCACACGUCGGCUGGGUUCUUCUUUUCUUCGUUGUGUUUACCUAUGGCAUCAAGUUCCUCAACUUCCAAAGGAGAUAGAGAAGGAACCAACUU